AUGAAGCGGAAAGGAAAAGAUGAUUUAUCUUUAUGUUGUGUUAGUCAUCGAUGUAAUAGCGACGACGAUGAUGACAGUAAAGAUGUUAACAAGCAAACAACAAAAGUGCCAAAUAUACCUACGGCAAUCAUGGAAUCACCAACGCACAGUUUAGAUUCAAAAGAAAAUUUAUCAAAUAUUAAUGGCAUUCGUCAACAAACAUUACCUAAGCAAACAUCUUCACGUUUAGAUCGGUCAUUAUCAAGACAUAAAGAUGAUAAUGAUACAAAUAUUAUUCGAUCAAGUACAGUGUCAAGUUUUACUGAACAAGCAAAACCUGAUGAAUUAGCUAGUGGUUUAGUAACAAUGGGAUUAUUAAAUGAUGAUGAUAUGAAUAAGCUUAAUACAACAUUUGAAUCAUUAGGUUCGUCUAAUGAAUCAGUCGAACGAAAUAAUUAUAAACAAGAAUCAUAUAAAAUGAAAAAACAAUCAUAUCAAAGUGCAAAAAAGCGUAUUACAUCUGAAUUAGCAAAUGUUCUUAAAGAUUCAUCCGUAGUUAUUGUUAGCGAUUGGCUUAAAGUUCGAGGAACAUUAAGAGAUUGGACAAAAUUAUGGGCUAUUCUUAAACCUGGUUUAAUGUUACUCUAUCGAAAUCCACCAUCUAAAAAUGGUGUUUGGGUUGGCACCGUUGUUUUAUCUUCUUGCGAAGUUAUUCAACGUCCUUCAAAAAAACCAGGGUUUUGUUUUAAAAUUUGGCAUCCACUUGAAAAAUCUAUUUGGGCACAAAAAGGACCAAAUAAUGAACAAUUUGGUGCAAUAACAUUUCCUCUUCCAAUGAAUUAUCUUAUUUGUCGUGCAUCCGAUGAAACAGCAGGUCGUUGUUGGAUGGAUGCACUUGAAUUAACAAUGAAAUGUUCAAAAUUAUUAAAAAAACCUUAUUCUUCUUCAAUAGCAAAUGAUGAGUCAACAGUAAAUUCUCAAAAUCUUUCAAGUACAUCAACUACACCUGGUGAAGUGACAUUUUUAAGUACAAGUUUUUCUGAUAAUGAUUUUGAAAUAAGUCGUAAUGCGACUAAAGAAGAAGAUGAUCGUAUGAGUGAUGCUAGUGGUGAUAUAAGUAAAGCAUCACGAAGUGGUUCAAGUCAUUCAGAUAGUUCUCAAGAAUUUUUAAAUGAUGAUGAAGUUGAAACUCCUUAUAUUGCAGCAGCACCAGAAGAAAUGGGAGAACUUGGUAAUGUUGCACAAACAGAAGAAGUAGCUGAAGAAAAUAAAUCUCUUAUUAUGCAUUUAUUAAAACAAGUUCGACCUGGAAUGGAUUUAUCAAAAGUUGUUCUACCAACUUUUAUAUUAGAACCAAGAUCAUUUCUUGAAAAACUUUCGGAUUAUUAUCAUCAUUGUGAUAUUCUUGAAGAAGCGGUUAAUUCUUCUGAUCCAUUAGUACGAAUGAAAACUAUUGUAAAAUUUUAUUUAUCUGGAUUUUAUAAAAAACCUAAAGGGUUAAAAAAACCAUAUAAUCCAGUUAUUGGAGAAGUUUAUCGAUGUUUUUUUCAUCAUACAAAGAACGACAGCAAAACAUUCUACUUAGCCGAACAGGUAAUAUUUCUUUAUUUCUGA